AAAGUAUUUUUUUUUAUUAAUGGAUGCAAAAGAGAGGUAUCUCAACUUAUCUAAAGUAGGGUGUUGAAGGCUAAAGCUAUAAAAGGAAACUUCAGAGAAAUAAUGAAAACACAGUGGAAGAAUUGCUGCUCAUGGUGAAUCUAAUAAGAUAGUACGGUCGUUUCUUUCCAAAAAAAAAAACAAACAGAUUGUCCUGUCGUUUGUUGUUGGACACUGGACAUUUAAAGAAAAACACUUGUAGUUGUAGACUUUUACCUUCUUAGCUUACUGCAAUCUUCUUCUUCCUCUCAUGGCUGGAGGGAAGCAAGGGAAAGGACUCAACUAUUCAUGCAUUCUACUCAUAGUUAUUGCUGGUAUGGAGAGAUUUGCAUUCAAAGGAGUGGCAUCCAAUUUAGUGACAUAUCUAACAGAUGUUGUAAAGAUGAGCAAUUCUGGUGCAGCCAAAACUGUCAGUAGCUGGUUUGGUUUCACAUCCCUGUUGCCACUCUUAUUGGCACCCUUUGCUGACUCUUAUUUGCACAGGUAUAACACCAUAUUGGCCUCUUCAUUUCUUUAUGUCGCGGGACUAGUGGCAUUGACAACAUCUGCUUCUAUAUGGGCCCGGUCUGCUGCUAACCAAACAAGAUCUACCACCUUUCUAUUCUGCUCUCUUUGUUUAAUUUCUUUAGGCCAAGGUGGUUACAACUCAUCUUUGCAAGCCUUUGGGGCAGAUCAGCUAGACGAGGAAGAAGAACAAGAGUCUUCUAAUAAUGUCAAGAGUUCUUUCUUUCAGUGGUGGUAUUUUGGUGUCUGUAGUGGUAGUCUUUUUGGGGUAACACUAAUGUCCUACAUCCAAGACACUUUCGGUUGGGUUCUGGGGUUUGCCAUCCCUGCCACAAUAAUGGUUAUAUCAAUAGCUUUUUUCUCAUCUGGGAGUAAAAUAUACAUACACAAACAAGUUGAAAAUAUGGGGCAUAAACCUCUUCUUAACAUAAUCAAAAACAUCACAGAAACACUAUCAAAGUCGGUAAGUUGCAAAAUAGCCUUACCUAAGGCCAAUGACGUAGUUGAGCUAGAGCUUCAAGAGAAACCUCUUUGUCAUCAAAACUUGGGAGCCAUGGGGAUCUUGGACAAGAAUUUGAAAAGCAAUACUAAUUACAUGUUUGAAAACACAAAAGUAGUACUGCGGCUUUUGCCCAUAUGGACCAUGCUUCUAAUGUUCGCGGUGAUCUUCCAACUCCCUGCAACCUUUUUUACCAAGCAAGGUAUGACAAUGAAGAGAAAUAUCGGAAGUAACUUCCAAAUCCCACCAGCCACACUACAAAGUUCCAUCACAUUGUCUAUAAUUCUCUUGAUGCCUCUAUAUGACAAAGUUCUUAUCCCAUUUGCGCAGUUCAUUACUCGAAACAAAAAGGGUAUCAAUGUAAUGCAAAGAAUGGGAGCUGGGAUGUUUAUUUCAGUCAUAGCAAUGGUAAUUGCAGCAUGUGUGGAAACACAAAGGCUAAAGAUUAGUAGAAAAGAAGCAGCAAUGCUUGGAUCUAAUACUGAGACUGUGUCACUAAGUAUCUUUUGGUUACUACCUCAGUACAUACUUUUAGGCAUUUCAGACAUAUUUACAGUUGUUGGUAUGCAAGAGUUUUUCUAUUCUGAAGUUCCUGUUAGAAUGAGAACAAUGGCAUUUGCACUGUACAAUAGUGUUUUUGGAGUAGGGAGCUUCUUGAGUGCUUUUCUUAUAACAUUUAUUGAAGACUUGACAAGAUCCAAGGGAAGGAAUAGCUGGUUCUCAGAUGACAUGAGCGAGGCACGGCUAGACAACUACUACUGGCUUCUCACCAUGUCAAGCACACUCAGUCUUAUGUUGUAUGUUGUUUUGUGUAGAUUUUAUACUAGUAGGAAAAAUUUAGAUAAUCAUGAACAAACAUAAACGAGUUCUUCUGUCCGUUUGCUUUGCUUUAAUAAAGGGAAGAAACUCCUUUGGUAUCCUGUAUUUAUAAUCCUUUGGCACCUUGUAUAUUUUCGAAAAAUAAGUUUGGUACCUUAUGAUUUUAAUAAUACUUAUUUGAUUCCUUGUAUUUUGAAGAUGUACGUACAUAUUUGAUACCUUAUGUUUUUAAUAAUACUUAUCGAUUCCUAAAUAUAGUACUUGAAGUUAGAUUUGAUUAAUAAAAUUUUAUCUAUUUGACAAAAUUGUUCAAAGUUAUAUAUAAUUAAAUAAUUAAAUUUCAAUUUAAAGCUAUAGUCGAAUUGAUUGUAUGAACAAAAUUUUAUUGAUUAAAUGUGAGUUC